UAUUUCCACAAGUAAUUGCCGGACGUAAACAAUUGUGAUACUAUUCAUUUAUUUGCACAUUUUCAAAAUGGAUGUCCCUCCUGAAAUCGGAUUCGACAGGCAAUUCGGCACACUCAUAAAUGGUGUGCACACCGAAUUCGUAUUUCAUCGCUUUGCGGGGCAGUGGCUGCUUCUCGUAACCCAGCUGGGCAAAAUUGGCGUCAUUUAUGACGUCUCCUUCGACGUAAAGCUCGACGCUCGCAAAUUACCUGUAAACCUUAAGGAGUACCACACACCAGUAGUUCUAAGUACAAAAUGCUGUCUUGGAAAUGAUACUUCGGAGACAGUAAGCGCUAUUCAGUUCCUGGCCAACAACACAAUGCUAAACAGGUGCCCGAAGAACCUAAUCAUUGGACUUGGACUGAAAAACAUAGAAACUAAGGUUCUGCAUGAAAUAGCAGAAGUUUUGGAACAAAUGGUUUUUAAAUAAAUUACAAGAACCGGCACUUUUACGUAAAAA